GCAAUUCACAGAACCCAAAAAGGAGCAGCCUUUAUCUCUUUCCAUUCUCUCAAAAACACUCAAAAAAAAAAAAAAGAAAUAGGAAAAUUAUAAGGAUAAUACAAAACCCUGUUCUUUUCUCCCUGAGAGUGAAAAAGAAAUUUGAAAAUGGCGAUUACUUCUGGGAUUUUGUCCUCUGUUCUGUCACCUCAAACGGUGUCGUUUCUCAAGCCUUAUCCGUCUUCUUCAAUGCUUCUUGUCGCUCCUCCGUCUUCUGCUAACUUGCGCAUGGUCCGCACGGUGACCUGCUGCGCUACCGUUUCUUCGCAGCAGCAGGAGCAGCGCCGCCCUCGUGGUAUCAUGAAGCCUCGCCGUGUCUCUCCGGAAAUGGCGGAACUUGUUGGUGCAUCGGAGAUUCCUCGUACCCAAGCUUUGAAGCGCAUUUGGGCUCAUAUUAAAGAGAACAAUCUGCAGGACCCUGAGAACAAGAAGAUCAUAAUUUGUGAUGAGAAGCUUAAGAAGAUAUUUGGUGGUCGGGACCGUGUUGGAUUUCUUGAAGUUGCAGGCUUGAUUAGUCCACACUUUCUCAAGUAAAUUGUAGGACAGAUUUGGAAUGCAUGGAUCGACCUUUGUGAGCGGUGGCUAUCUUUUUGGUGAAAACAAUAGUGAAAAUUAUGCCUGCUGCCUUCGGCAAUUAGUAUGUUUUAUGUUUUCUUAGUGCUCGAGUGCAGCUGUAAGAAUUUUUCUUAUGCAAUAUGUAGGUUUUCUUAAUGAGGAUAUUAUUAGGUGUGCAACUUAUGCUCUGUUAAACAUCUUUUCUUUUUAAUUGUAUUAUGUAUACAAGUUUUAUUCUGGCCA